AUGGCACCGGCAGAUUCAGCAAGAAUUGUAGAGGCGAAGAAGCUGGAAAAGACAGAACCAAAAAAGGCGGAAUCACAAUACAAUGAAAUCAUUUCGAAGCCACCUUCAGUAACAUCGGACGCUGCAGUACGGGAAUAUGAGACUGCGCUGGUCAGUUUGGGAGAAUUAUAUCGAGAUCAGAAGAGGGUAGAUGAUCUAGUAGAUCUGAUUACGAAAAGCCGGACAGUGUUAUCGUCAUUUGCUAAAGCGAAGACUGCGAAGCUAGUUCGACAGCUUCUCGAUCUCUUCCACGCAAUUCCCGAAACCACAGACACCCAGAUAUCCGUUACGAAGUCAUGUAUCGAAUGGGCGACCUCCGAACGACGAGGAUUCUUACGGCAAAACCUCGAGACCCGCCUCGUCGCGCUUUACAUGGUCAAACAAUCGUACUAUGAUGCGUUGACCCUCAUCAACAAUCUACUCAAAGAACUGAAGCGUCUUGAUGACAAGCUCGUAUUGGUCGAAGUCCAGCUUUUGGAGUCGCGCGUGUACCACGCAUUAGGGAAUGUCGCAAAGGGUCGAGCGGCACUCACCAGUGCCCGAACGAGUGCAGCAUCUGUUUAUACACCUCCUCUUCUACAAGCUGGAUUAGAUAUGCAAUCAGGAAAACUCCAUGCCGAGGACAAGGAUUUCAACACUGCUUUCUCUUACUUCAUUGAGGCAUUGGACGGAUACCAUACCCAGGACGAGCCAGAAAAGGCGACAGCAGCAUUACAGUACAUGUUACUAUGUAAAAUCAUGCUUAACUUAGCCGACGAUGUAAACCAGCUUAUGACUUCAAAGCAAGCUCUGAAGUACGCCGGCAAGAACCUCGAAGCCAUGAAGGCUGUAGCUCGCGCCCACUCCAAUCGAUCCUUGGAAGAAUACGAGAAAGCGCUUGGAGACUAUCGCCAUGAGCUGGGCAGCGAUCCUUUCAUCAGGAACCAUCUUCGAAGACUGUACGAUGCUAUGUUGGAGCAGAAUCUAAUCAAGGUGAUUGAACCUUUCUCGCGGGUGGAAAUUGACCAUAUCGCCAAGAUGGUCGGUUUAGAUACCCAACAGGUUGAACGUAAAUUAUCACAGAUGAUUCUCGACAAAGUAAUUAUUGGAGUUCUGGAUCAAGGUGCUGGGUGUCUCAUCAUUUUUGAUGAGACCGAGAGGGAUGAGGGUUAUGAUGCUGCGCUUGCCACAAUCGAGAAGCUGAGCAGUGUGGUGGAUGUAUUGUAUACCAACCAGGCAUCUAUGCUUGAGUAA